AUGGCGCAGUCAGAGACCGAUCCGGCCUCCAAAAAGUCAAGUCAUGUCCAGAAAGUCGCCACAACUUUCAUGACUCUACCGACCGAAGUCCUUGAGAUCAUCCUGAAGGAGGCGUUCCGCGACCCCUGUCUGCAAACAAGGCUUGUAGAAUCGUUCAACACGUUGUCGGUUCGAAUCGCUCUGCCUCAGGCUAUUCUUGUCUCACGAGACUACUUCAAGGUUGCGAAACAGGCAGCGCUCCAAGAAGGUUCAGUGUGCCUCGCGGGUAUCCCGCGUCGCUUCUGGCACAUGAAUGUCCGUCCCAAAACAUCCCACCCCAAAAUGACUGUGUCUCCGGACUUCCAUCAAAUACAACAUCUCACCCUCCAGAAGAUCGAGUCCGACAUGUCUCCAUACUCCACGAAGAAUCUGAAAGCCAUCGUCAAAGCUGCACCGCGACUGCGGAGACUCGUUGUGCAACCGAAGUUCAAGAUUUGGUUGAUGUACGAAGAUAUGUCACCCAACUCCGUCGAACUCGAUCGUGAUGCAGUCGAUGAGGAGAUGAGUAUCCCACUUAAUGACACACGCUCUGACUACAUCAAGCGUAAGUUCGAGAAGAGGAUCGACAAAUGGCCUACGAGCUAUGAUAAUAUGGACUGGCACUAUCUUGCUGUCGCUCUGUUGGCCUGGACUACACGAAACAAGACAUUCGAGGUCUCUUUGGAGGUGAAUGUCAAUGAUUUGGUCGAUGAGUGGCAUCUGUGGACUGUCAAAUCCAGUACAAGAACACAUGCACUAGCCAUCGUACCUGGCAGAAACAACAUCAAAUACGCCGAGAAUGGGGAACCGGAGAAGAUAAUCGCUAUGAGCUCAUCACUUUUUGACGAUAUGUGCAACAGUCAGGCUGGCCAGAAGAGACUUCGCCGAACCAGAGCCGCAUGA